GAAAGCAUAACCAUCGUUGUUCGCAGCACACACGAAAGCGGUUGAAUAUUAUCCUUUCACACCCGCUAAUCAACCAUUGGCCGCGGAGUCCAGUUUCCAUAGGAUCGUGCAAGAUAUUUUGUUUUGUAGAAUCAGACAACAAUGUUCCGUUAGUUCCCAGGAGCUCCCAGGUUGCAUUUGGUUGCCUUAAACACACUUUGUAGAAAACUAUCCCGUCCCUAGUCCCGGGGAAACAGAACUGCUUAGAAAAGACUGAAUUAGGACUGAGCGUUUACUAAGUUUUUGGGGUGGUGACUGAUGUAAGGGCAGGUCUCAAGAGGACUACGAUAGCAGCACUCUACUACUACUUCCCCGGUGCCCCCGAAGGGUCAUCUUCAGUGUUUCAUCUCGCUAUCGCAAGGCUUCAAAAUAGACAGACUACAAAUGCCCAGAGGUAAACGUCGUGUUGCCAUAGACAUGCGGCCCAACGAGGAAGACCAACAGUCCACCAAACGGCAACGAAAUAGUUAUCAAAGCUCACGACGGUACAGCAAAUCCGACGAUGCAUUUACCCAAAAACGGUGUCUCACCUGGUUCCGGGAGUACACGACACCGGAUGAUCCCGACACUUUAGGUCCGGAAGGGAUGGAAAAAUUCUGUGAAGACAUCGGUGUGGAACCGGAAAACGUGGCCAUGCUGGUGCUGGCGUACAAGAUGGGCGCCAAACAGAUGGGAUUCUUCACCCAGAGCGAGUGGGUCAAGGGGUUGACCGAUCUACAGUGCGACACGGCGUCCAAAGUGCAAUGCAAGCUGGACUUUCUCCGAGGUCUUCUGAACGAUCCAAAUAACUUCAAAAUCAUCUACAGAUACGCGUACGACUUUGCGAGGGAUAAAGACCAACGUAGUAUGGACAUCGAAACGGCUCGGGCGAUGCUGCAGCUGCUGCUCGGCAAGCACUGGCCACUUUAUCCACAGUUCGCUCAAUUCCUAGAGCAGUCCAAGUACAAAGUGAUCAACAAGGAUCAGUGGUGUAAUAUUCUAGAGUUUUCCCGCACUAUCUCCAACGACUUGACAAACUACGACGUCGAUGGAGCUUGGCCCGUCAUGCUCGAUGAGUUCGUAGAAUGGCUAAGACAAUUGCGAGCACAGCCCACGAUUAGCUGAGACUUGCUGCUACACUAAACGCGUGCGGACAGGGAGCAGCCACCGUUAAGCAGAACACAAAACACGAAGAAAAUCAAACAGAACAAGACACAGCAAACCAAAUCCCAUCCCCUCCAGCAGUGACAGCAUCAGCUCCAAAAUCCGCGUAGACCGAGAGACAACCCGGGGACCACGUAAAGGCCCGUGGGGGAAUGUAAGCGUUGUAAAUUAUGUGUAUGUAUGUGCAGCUUUGUUUUGCGCCUUGCCGUCAUCGAUCGCGAUCGCAAGCGUGUUUGAUCGGUUAGCGUCUAGAACGUUUUGUGAUUGUAACUGACUUUGUCGAUAUAGUUCUUUCGAGGUUCACCUUUCUGUCAUAAUCCAAUCCACGCGAUUCCGCACAUUGAAUUGAUUGUUUGCGAUUUCUUUUUCUUCUAAAUUGUAUGCCCCAACGUUUCGUGAUAAUAAUUUACUUGUUCGACAUUGUUCGUUUGAGGUUCACCCUCCUUUCGGAAGCCAAUCCACGCAAUUCCGCGUAUUGAAUUGAUUGUUUGCGAUUUCUUUCUCUUCCAAAUUGUAUUCCCCAACCGGUUGCGACCAACAGAAAGAUUAAACAAAACGGAAACCAAAACCAUCAGUGUUCUACUUCAAGCGAUGCACAAGAAAGGGGCCAGCCAGCAGGAAGGCUCGGGUUAGCAGCGGGUACUCAUUGCGUGCGAAUGCGUGACAUAUUUAAAUGCGACCGCGAGAGCUGAGUGAGACAGACGAAUGAGAACAAUAAGUGAAAUUGUUAAUGAUAGACGAGAACAGAGACUAUGGACAUGGUCCGGGAGCCCCCGUCCCACCAUGAGAGGAGUGUGGCGGCCACGCCUGGAGCUUCCUCGAACCUGUGUAAACUAUUUAUGAUAUUUGUCGUGCCGGACCCGGCCUCUGCUCGAAGGGUCUUGCAAGCAGUCUAUUCUAAUCAACAGUUCUCACAGACACAGCCUCUCCCGGAGGGCAAGGUUCUCCGGUGGGCCCGGCGUGUAUAGUGUGUAGUGUGGAGGGCAUGGAACGUAGGAAUCAAUAUGUACGCAACACUAACUAACAAAAAAA